AUGAAAUUUAGCCGAAUUUUGCAGCCAUUGAUUGGUGAUAGGCACAAUAGCUGUAUGGUCUACGAGAUAUUGCUGGGUGGGUGUAUGACCACGGUACCUUAUCGACGGCAAACCUCCUUUUGCAUGGCUAACUUUCGGAGGAUGUCACAUUAUAUGAUAAUGUGGCUUCUGUCCUGCAUAAAAACGCUGCUUUUUCUGCUUCAAAAAGCUAUUUGUUAUGAUAAAGUGAGACAUCACGAUGAACACUUGGCGGAUGAAGAGAAGUACAAGACGUAUUGUGAUAUUAUCGAAAGUCACUGGGGUAGAAAUACCAACAGUAUCAUGGAACGAACGGCUCUUUUACCUGAUGUGAAAUACAAACAGGAUUUACAUUUAUCUGACUUCGUGGAUCAUCCUGCUGGAAUGUUCUUUAAAGAAAAGAAAUCAAAGUACAUUGAUAAAUGUGGUAAUAGCCGCGUUUUGUUUGACUUGAAUCACGAAACGACAAGCUCUUGUAUUUCAACGUUUGUGCACUACGCAAGUAAAAAUGAGAAAAAAGUUGUUAGUAACAUUGCAGUCAUUGUCACAAUUGUGAGAUUGCUGAAAAUGGUGAAACAUUCAUCUAAUGUAAAGAAGGUGACAUACCAAGAUUCUACUUCUUGUGUUAUUAUUUCAAUAAGAAUGAGCUAA